GGGCGCUGCGUGCCCAGUGCUGGCGGCACCGAGAAGAGCUCUGAAAUGCUGGCUUGGUGUCCAGCAGAGGAAGCGAGUGUCGGUGAGUCCCUGGCGAAGAUGGCACCACAGUUCCCCAUCCUUAUCAAGAGGAACAUCCACUUCCCCUGCUUCGGCUUCUCCAAGGGCAACAUUCAAGCUGCUGAGAGCAGUUACUUGAAAAGCUGCACCUUCAACACCAUCUCUGCCCUUUGCUGCCCCAUCUUCAAGCGGAGCUUCAUCGUGGAGCAGGCAGGAGAGAACUUAAGGGAGCUGGCAGAGAAGGGUGGGGUGGUCAUCAACUGGAACUGUAACCUGGGCCUGCCUGAAACCGACUGCAACCCCCACUACUCCUUCCACCGCCCCGAUCCCAAGACCACUGUCCCAGGCAGUGGCACUUGCAGUCCUGCAUCCUCCUCCUGCCCUCCCUGGUCCUGCUGUGGCUGGUCCCCAUCACUGGGCCCUUCUACCUGUCUCCCCAGGAGGUCUGCGAAGUAUUACAAAUGGAACGGGACCCACACACAAGUGUUGAUCAAGGCCUGUGGGAUCCAUAUUGAUGUCAUCGUGCAGGGCCAGGCAGGGAAGUUUAGCCUGAUCCCCACUGUCAUCAACCUGGCCGUGGCUCUGACCUCGCUGGGAAUGGGCUCCUUCCUCUGGGACUGGAUCCUGCUGAGCUGCAUGAACAAGGACCAGGUGUACAGCAGCAGGAAAUUUGAGCAGGCACCACCCUAGAUCCUGGCCCUGGAGGUUUGGUCCUCUGGGACAGAGCAGUGGCCACGCUGCCAGCAAG